AUGGAAUCAAAGCAGAGUAGAUGGACUACUUGGCGUCAGUACCAAAAAGUGGAUAAAGCCAUUGCAUUAGGAUUGCAACUUUUUCAACCUGAUGAUGAUCACAAUUCAGACAAUGAUAUCGGUAACAUUGCUUCUGUGGAAGAAGAAAGGGCUUCGAGCGAUUCUUUCGACACCAGUGAUAGUGAGCAGGAACAUGAUGAGCAAGAUGAUCGUAUGCAAGAUUUAAUAAUAAAUCAUGGAGAAAAUCAAAAUUCAGGAGAAAGCGAAUUCUUUGCAUUUGGCAUUGCAAAUGAAACUGAUAUUGCCAGUGCCCUUAUUUUACUUAAGAAAAAACAUCGUCUGUCAACAACAUGUAUCAAAGAUAUAAUUUUGCUCUUUAAAAGUCUUAACGUACCAAAUACACCAUCAAGUUGGCACAAAGUUAAACAUCUUCUUGGUAAAUAUAAGCCCAAGUCAACCAAAUAUUAUAUUUGCUCUGUUUGUAAUCAAUCGACAACCAAUGAGAAAUAUUGUCAAUUUUGUUCAACUAACCAUAAUGUCAAACUUCAAUCUUUCAUUAUUUUUUCGAUAAAGGAUCAAUUAGAAAAUAUCCUUAUGAAUAGUUGUGAUAUUGAUUUAUGUUAUCGACGAAAAGACAGUUUAAUACGUGAUGUUCGUGACGCAGCUAUAUUCCAAGCGAUACGUCGUAGAAUUUCGAGUUCAAUGUUGACGUUGACAAUGAAUAUUGAUGGCAUACAGCCUUCUAAAGGUUCAAUAUCAACAUUAUGGCCUAUUGUUUUUGUGAUAAAUGAACUUUCUCCAAGUAUUCGAUUCGCUUUUGAAAAUAUUAUACUAGGUGGAGUUUGGCCUGGUCCAGCUAAACCUUCACGAGAUCAAAUCAAACAUUUAUUACGUUCUGUGAUUGAUCAACUUCUUCUUCUUGAAGCCAGUCAUGCUUAUCGUAUAUUUAAUGGUGAAAUACGCGACAUACAAGUCUAUCUUAUAGCUGCAUGCUGCGACAAGCCUGCACAGGCUUUAGUUCAAUGUGUUGCACAGCCAACCUCAUCGUUUGGCUGUGGUAGAUGUGAAAUAGAAGGUUUUAUACUUCCCACUGAUAGAGGUGGUCAUGUUAGAAGCUUUUCCAUGACUCAGCAUGAUAUAGAUAACAUUCAAAUACGAUCAAAUGAGCGCUAUGAUCAUUUAAUAAAUUUAUUUGAAUUACAAAAGCAACUAAGAAAUCUAUGGCCAAAGCGAAAUCGGUUAAUAGAUGAAUUAACUGAUGAACAAAAUGAAAAAGGAAUUGCAGGCAUUUGUUUAUUUCGAGAAUUAUUGCAUUUUGAUGUUGGACGUUCGUUCAUGGCGGAUAGUUUACAUAAUAUAUAUAUAGGGCUUUUCAAAAGAAUGCUGGGAUUAUGGCUUGGUAAAGAAUAUCGUACGAGAGAGUGGAAUGUGAUUGAACGAAUCAACAAAUUGGCUGAUCUUUUUAAACGAGUUCGAUUACCAUCAACCACUACUCGUAUUCCUCGGUCUCUUCUAGAUUAUAAUAAAUUUAAAGCAAACGAACUUCGAGUUCUUCUUCUUUUCGGUCAUGCAAUUUUCAAAGCAAUAUUACCGAAACGUUUUUACGAUCAUCUUUUACAACUUGUGGUUAUAAUGCAUUUAGCUGAAGGUCGAGAAAUCGACAAAUUAGACAUCAGAAUUAUUACUCGGUUAUGUCAUAGUUUUUUGAUAAAAUUUUCAUUAUUGUACACCGAAAGACAUUGUGUACAGGUCGUUCACUCAAUUCUACAUGUUCCAGAUACAGUACAAGAUUUUGGUCCAUUAACAAAUUAUACAACUUUUCAUUUUGAAAAUGAUAUUGGAAUGCUUGUUCAUGCUACGAAAGGCUCACGAAAUCAUGGCCAAGAAAUGAUCAGUAAUCUAUGUCUAUAUCAGCAUGCAUUACGUCAUGCUUAUGUGUCGUCAAGUAAAACAAAUCUUGCGCCUUUCGUGCAGUCACACCUCUCACAUUUGAAGAACAAUGAUCCGAAAAGAAAACUAAUUAAAGUUGGACAUCAAAACCAGAGAGAAGAUUCUGAUGUUCGCCAUCUUUUUCCACAAGCAAAAAUUAGUUUUUACAACACGUUAUAUAUUGAUCAUAUCCGUCUCACCACAAGAACAUAUUCUGAUAAAAAGACAUGUGAUGAUUCAAAUAUAUUAUUCCUGUUCAAUGGAAACAAGACUUUUGGACGCAUCAGAUCCAUUCUCACUGUCAACGACGGAGAACCUCUCCUCUUCAUCGCUCAUUCAUUGAAUGCCUCACCAUUAAUAUGUCCACUUGAUGGAUCCGAAAAUUUUGAAUUUGCAGGUGUACAAACAGCUCCGACUACCAAUUGGUCAUUUGUUCUAGUCAAUGUGGAAGACUUUAUCGAGAAGGUAGUAAUUUUUGAAAGACCAGAUCAGAGUUGCUGCUUUUUUCGUUUUCCGAAUCUAGUUCAUAGCUCAUAA